CUCAUACAGGCACCAAUCAGCAGCACGAGGAAACGGCCAUGUGGCAGACCCUGAGGUACAGAGGGACAGAAGGAGGGACACGACGGACACAUGGACAGACGGACACAGACCUAAAACUCAACCGCCCGGCAUAGAAUCAAAAACGGACAAACUUCUCUGAGGUCCUUCGUUGUCUACAGCCUGCCGAUAAAGUUAUGGCACCGCUGCUCUCUCCGCUGCUCUCUCUCUCCGCCUCAGUCAUAGCUGAAGAGAUGGAAUGGUGGACAGCGCCCUCCCAACCCUGAGUGAUGUCACUGCAGCCGAGGCCUUCAUCGAAGCCUCUGAGGUGGUCGACAUUGGGUUCUUUGAGGUCAGACAGGAAACAAGCGUGGGAAGGGCAGGAUGGGAGGGGAGGGAGGGAAAUGUAACGCAGAGUUUUAGCAUCGUUGGCUAGACGCUACACCACUAACGUGCGGCCGGAUGGGGCCAGCCAGAUAUAAACCAUAACUCAGAUUUGAGACGAGAAAAAAAAAAACAUGCAUUCCUUCCUGUGCAUUGUUGACUGUUCGUAGCUACAGUCCCAGCUGCUGUCAGGUUUGGUGAGAAACUAUUUCCUGUGGCUGGCCACACACUUGGCACAUGAAGUGACUAGCUGGCGCUGCCUUGAGGAUAGUAGGCGGCCGUCCCAGAGUGUCAAGUGGCGUAAAUGGUGGACUGCCAUGUACCUGCUGGGGACCAAAAUAUUAUUUCAAGACAUUCUUUGAGGAUGAUUGUAUGACAAAUACAAGGGACCUAAAUAUUAUUCACUGAAAUUCACAUGGGCUAAGUGGCAAUUUGAAUCUCAAAAACAUUCUCUCUCCCUCUCUGUCUGCCCCCUCUCUCUGAGUUUAUGGAGGCAGCUAAGUCUGUGAAGCAUAUCCCUGUGGCUCUGUGCAGCGAUAAGGAGGCAUGGGCCAAACUCAGCAUUGCGUCUGACACUGUCGCCAUCUUCAGAAAAGCAGAUAACCACCAAGACAACCUUCAGCUCUCUGAGACCAAGAAAGUGGAAGCGGACGGCCUUGCUCGCUUUAUCACCAUGAACGAGCUUCGCUACAUCACCGAGUACAACCAAGUGACAGCAGUGGGUCUGUUCCAGUCUGAGGUGAAGGCACAACUCCUGCUCUUCAUCAACAGGGGGAGUGGUGACUAUAAAGUACUCAAGGACCGACUAGGAGCUCUGGCCCCAGAAUUUGUUGGGAAGUUCCUGUUUGUGCUGGUACACGGGGUGAAGUCCAAUGAGAAAUCUCUGGGCUACUUGAGCCUGACGUCACGUGACCUUCCCCGCGUGGGCAUUUAUGACGGAGAUUCAGAUAUGAAGUGGCUCAUGCCCGAGGGAGAGAUCUCCACCGAGCGUGUGUGGGAAUUCUGCCAGUCAUUCAUACAAGGCGAUCUCAAGGAGGUGAAGCAGGCAGGAGAACCUCAUCCUAAAACUGAGUUGUAAAAUAAACAAAUAAAUUAAUGUAAAU